AAACCCUCCAUUUUGCUCUUCCUCGCCAUGGCCUGCCUUAUCUCUAUCACCCUCCUCUCCUUCCUCCUCAUCUUUUCCCUCUCCUCUGCAAAAGCCUAUCAUCAUCUAUAUUCAUUACCGAACCAGAAACCCAUUCCAAAAUCUGCUUCCGCCUCUCCAGAGAUCAUCCGCCAAGCCUGUAAGGCAACCCGGUUUCCGGACUCAUGCGUGGCCACUUUAAUUCAAUCCUCCAAUCUAACUCAGAAUGCGAAACCCAUCGAGAUCGUCCAAGCGGCCAUGUCCAUCUCGGCUCAGAACCUCAAGACAGGUCAGUCCAUGGUGAAGAACAUCCGCGACACCUCUUCCGGCAAUCUGAACCGCUCCAAGGCGGCCACGACCUGCCUGGAGAUCCUACAUAACUCGGAAUACCGGCUCUCAUCGGCGGCUGACGUCCUUCCACGUGGCAGGAUCAAGGACGCCCGUGCUUGGAUGAGCGCGGCUCUUUGCUACCAGUACGAUUGCUGGUCAGCCCUUAAGUACGUCAACGAUAGUCAAACUGUCAACCAAACAAUGGCGUUUUUCGAUUCGUUGAUUGGGCUGACCAGCAAUGCUCUUAGUAUGAUGAUCUCCUACGACCUUUUCCAGGACAAGCUCGAGUCUUGGAGACCCCCGAUGACGGAGAGGUCCGGGUUCUGGGAAGACGGUGUGGCUGGAGGAUCAGUUUCCGGUUUCAUAGGUGGUUUGCCGGCGGGUUCACCGGCGAACGUUACGGUCUGUAAGGAUGAGGGUUCCGGCUGUUACAAGACGGUGCAGGCAGCGGUUGACGCUGCACCCGACAACCGGUUAGAUCGUAAGUUUGUCAUCAGUAUCAAGGCCGGUGUGUACGAGGAGAUCGUACGUGUCCCACUGGAGAAGAAGAACUUGGUCUUUAUAGGUGAUGGCAUGGGCAAAACAGUCAUUACAGGCUCCUUGAGUGUGGGCAAGUCUGGCGUUACAACUUACAACACGCCAACCGUCGGGGUUUUAGGAGACGGCUUCAUGGCACGGGACCUGACGAUACAGAAUACGGCUGGACCGGAUGCAGCGCAAGCCGUCGCAUUACGGUUGGACAGCGACCUAUCGAUAAUCGAGAACUGUGAACUCUUGGGCAACCAAGACACUGUUUACGCUCACUCCCUACGCCAAUACUACAAGGGGUGCCACAUAGAAGGCAACGUCGAUUUCAUCUUUGGCAACUCGGCCGCUGUGUUCCAAGACUCGGUCAUUCUGAUCCGUCCACGACAGGUCGAACCAGAGAAAGGUGAGAAAAAUGCAGUGACGGCCCAUGGUCGGACCGACCCGGCCCAGUCCACAGGGUUCGUUUUCCAAAACUGCGUGAUCAAUGGAACGGAUAAAUACAUGAGCUUGUACUACAGUAAUCCCAAGGUUCACAAGAAUUUCUUGGGGAGGCCAUGGAAGGAGUACUCAAGAACAGUCUUCAUGCAUUGUAAUCUGGAAGCCCUUAUUAGCCCACCUGGGUGGUUGCCGUGGGACGGCGACUUUGCCUUAUCAACACUGUAUUACGGCGAGUUUGCGAAUUCCGGUGCCGGUGCAAAUUUGACUGGAAGAGUGAACUGGAGUAAUCAGAUACCCGAGAAGCAUGUCAAUGCCUACUCCUUGCAGAAUUUUAUUCAAGGGGAUGAGUGGAUCCCUACAUCUUCUUGAUCACUGCAACUCCCUUUAGUAGUAAGAGUUGUAUUAUUAGUGAUACAAUCUGGUGGCUUGGUUUCAUUUAUAUGUUCUGAUAAUUACAUCUAUGUUAUUGGAAAGAGAAAAUCUUGAUUGAUAAUAUUUUUUUUUAAUACUUCAGUAAGAAAGUGUUUGUUGGUUUA